AUGAAACCAGCAAUUGAAUUAAUUAAAAACUAUCAAUCUAUGCCACAAGAUUAUCUGUAUUUAAAUGGUGGUCAAGUUUAUGGAAAUUUUACUGAUAAACAAAUAGAGACAAUAACUCAACCUUUUGACCUACUUAAGGAAUGUCUGAGUACCAAACAAAUACUUGAAAUUGGUGAAAAUUGGGCAGUAGAUGGAAUAAAAUUAACAUUAUUGAAAAUUUUCACUUGGUUACCAGAAAAGAGAGAAUGCUUACCACCAGCUGGUGAAAGAAAUUGUGGUAAUAUUCAUUUUGUGAGACCAUUUAUGGAAAUUAUACAUAUAGAAGCUGAAUAUCAUUAUGUUGAUUUAAUACCUUCUGCUUCUGUAGCAUAUCAAAAGAAAUUUGGAAGGGUUGAACAACACAGUGAUUAUAUUUUUGGGUGUGAAUUUGGAAAUGUGGAAAAUUCAGGUCCUGAUACAAAAGAUCAUUAUGACAAAUCCACAACAGAUUUUUUAAGAGUAAUAAAAGUAGCUCGUGAUCAAAAUUCAGCUCUUCUGCAAGUUGUAAAUUUGGCAGCUGGUGAUUCAAUGGAUGCUAAUUUACAAUUAAUAGUCAAUAAAAUAUCACUUAUUGGCAUUUGUAUUGUAGGUUAUACUAUAAGGGUAUAUGUUGUAUUUAUCUUGGUGACGGGGUAUGGAUUUCAGACGAGGUAG